AAUAAUUACGGCGUCAAUUCGAAAAUGGAGGAUUCUCAAGUUUAACGCUGUACUGGGGGGUCUCAGACUGUGCAGAUCUAGCCUCGGUCUCUUGGAAGAAAAACUGUUGGCGAAGACAGACGUGCUAUUUUUGUCCAGUCCAAGUAUAAAGAAAAAAAAAGAGGAAUAAAAACCGGGAAAAGAUCUUAACAGCUGAAUACAGCAAAAAGAAAGAAAUAUUGUGCGUUUAUAAAGUAAAAGUGUGUUAAGUGCCAAUCUCAAUUGAUUGGCGGUUAGUACCGGCUUAAACUUCGGGCAAUCGUUUGGGUACCUGUCUGAACCCCAAUACGAAAGCUCGCAACAACAAUUUCCCCGAUAUUAGGGCCUCCGCCCGCGGCAAGGGACUUAUGCUCCUCGCCCAACUACAGCUCCGUACCAAAAAUUCCCAGCGCUAGGCCGAGCAGCACAAAGCGGGAGGCGUAAAAGAUCGGCUCAUCAGUCGCUUUGCGGGCGCGAGCCACUUAUGUGUCACGGACCCGCGAUAUAUUGGAGGCCGUCCAAUUCUGCGGAAAUUAUUAAAGCUAUGUAAACGGUCAGCCAAUUUCUACCCGAAAUAUAGAUCUGGGUCUCGACCUAUUUUCGUUUCCCCAUACGAAGUGCCGAGGAGUGCCCAGAUGUGAAGCCGGCGGCAACGACUGUCGUUUUUUUUUAUAUCCAUCAGUGUAACCGCUGAUUCCUAUUUUUAUGCUAUAGUGUCAUUAGUGUAAUUAGCUUAGUAAAUUUCUUUUGGUUGUGUUUUUAAAUUCUGUUCGGAAGAAAUAGCAAGUGGAAUGUGUGACAGGGCGAAAGUGAACAACGGUUAAACGGCAGAGGAGAGCGUGAGUUUUUUUUGUAAAAGUAUUUCUCCAGCUUUCGUUUUAGGAACGUUGCCGCAGUCCAUGGAAGCGCUUUCAUCGCUGUUUCAACGCAUUUAUUAAAACAAAUCAAAGGAAGGCCACCCCUCCCCCUCCCACAAGCAAGAUGUCGUCGCCUCCACUGCUGCUGCUCUUACUCCUUUUGUUUUUCUUUGUGGGCUGCCUGCCGCUGUCGACGCUGACGCUGGAGAAUGUGACUUUAGCAGCGGUGCCUGCCCCUGCCCCAGCCUCUGAUGGUGCCGUGGUCACUGCCGCCUCCGGAGUUGCCUCCACCGCUGCUGCGGCUGCUCCAGCUGUCACGGCCAGCUCCAGUACGGCGGCGGCCAUGGUAACCACGGACUUUGAUAAUCUCACGGUGAGCAGCAGCAACAGCAACAACGAUUCCAGCGAUGAACAGACCAACAACGAUAACAGCAACAGCAACUCCCACGCGAACAGCAACCAGAGCGUGGCCACAACCACAACGGCCACUGCCCAUCAGGAUCAACAGGAGGCCACACCCCUAGGACAGGGGUUGGCCCCACCCACGGCUGGCCCUGGAUCCGGCUCCAACGGCACAGGUGGAGGAGGCGCUGAUCCUCGCCAGCACGAGAUCAUCGGCUCAGCGAGUCCCACCAAGGGCGAACAGGAAGCUAUACUGCGAGCGCUGGACUGGCUGAAGGAGAAGCGGGCCUCGGACUACGGCUGGGGCAACGACACCCAUGUGGUGAUCCUGGCCAAGGAGCUGUCUGGCGGCCGGGACCCCAACGAGAGUGCCGAUGGUCACAUGCAGGUGAUCCAAGAGCUGGAGGACACGCUGUCCGUGAAGGAAAUGGAAAUCGAGAUACUGGCGAUGCUGGACCGCCACCACACGCUACCUAAACCCCUCAAUCUGGACAAGCUGGCGCGCUAUGUGCUGGCGCUCGGGUCGCUGUGCAAGGACCCCAAGCACUUCCACGGCCACGAUCUGGUUGCCACACUGCAGCACCAUGAGCCGGCCCAGGACAUCGAGUUCGCCCUGACGACUUUGUCCGCCUGCAGUUCGGCGGCGCAUGUGCGGAAGCGGCAGAUACGUCGCCUCCUGGACAUCGCAAGCGGUGUGACGGACCAGAGCGUGGACGCCAUUGCCAUGGUCAUACUGGCCCUGCGGUGCAUCGUCACCGAUCACCGCCAUCGCCAUCUCCAGCACUUUGUCCGCCGGCCCGCCCGCGGCCUGGCCAGCCUGCAGGACCAGCGCGGUAGCUUCGGAUCGUUGCGCAGCACGGCCCUGGCCAUGCAGGCGCUGCAGGACCUGGAGUACGAUCCGGCCGGGCACUGGAACCGCACGGCCGCCUCGCGCUACAUUCUCAGCCGGCAGCGGGCCGACGGCGGCUGGAGCGAGGAGCCGCUCCAAGAUGGUCAGGAGCCGGACAUCGGUGUCGGCCUCACCGCAGACAUUAUCCUGGCCCUGGGCUGGAAGGGCCUCGGCGCCGUGCGCGCCCUCCAGUGCGAUCAUGUGAUACGGGAGAGCAGCGAUCCAACGGAGAACGGUGAGCCGAAGCUGGCGGUACCCUUUGGCCUGAGCUCUUCGGCAGAGGAGUCAGACGCGAAGAACAUUUCCUACACCUACACGCUCUGGGUGGGCUCCAAUGUGAGCGAGGCCUUCUCUCUAUCCCUGGUCUCGCCGAAGAACACGAGCUUCUUCAAGGCCAUGACCCAGGCGGCCGAAAUGGAUCCCAGAUUCAUCUUCGAGGCGCGCGAAUGGCCCAAUGGCCACUACGUGCACACCCUGUAUGGCAAGAAGGAGGAGCCGCGAGGGUACCACUACUGGCUGCUCUACCGAUUGCCCGAACUACCCGAUCCCAACAAUACGCCUGGGAAUCAGCUUAUUGCGCCUGUUGGUGUCGAUGAGCUAAUGGUCGAGGACGGCGAACACUAUCUAUAUUGGUAUAAGAAACUCUAAGCACGGGGAGAGCAUUGCCUGCCGGCCUUAGACGAAGCUGCAGUUAAAUCCACUAAGCAGAGUCGAUAAAAACACAUUAAAUGCUUUAGCUAUCGGGCCAUACAGACAGACACACACAGCCACACACAUACAAACACACACAAGUAUAUAAUAUAUAGGUAUAUAUACUGCAUAUAUAACUGAAUAAUAAUGGCGUAAUCAAAAAAUCGAAACACAAACACCCAACAACAGGGCAUUGAACUUAAGAGGUGACGCAAACAGAAUGGUGUACGGAAUUGACGUCACAGCGGAGUAUACUGUGCACACACAUCCCAUCCCAUCCCCCACCCACCCAACCAACCCAACCAAAACUGAUCUCUCGAUUCUCUGAUUCUGAGCGGGAAUGCAGCCGCACCUCAGUCGAAUACUUAUGCAUAGCGAUAACUGAAUGAAAUGAAAAAAAGAAAAACAAAUCUAACGAUAUAUGUAUGUAAUGCACCAGCAGCAGCAGGCAUCGAACGGUUAACCGAACUAACGGUACCAAUCCGUCCGUUUUAGGCCCCCCGUUUUGAACCGCCUCUUCCUCCAACCAUCACCAAAAGCUUCGCUUGCAAAUCGCUGCAAUUUCGUUCCUCGUUAAUAGAAAAACUAAACAAUCCCUUACACCCUUAGACCCCUGAAAGAUAAACCGAAACAAACACACAAUAAAAUGAAAUAUGCUUCAGAUAUGUUAAUGUAACAGUAAAA